AUGCUCAGAACGCUAUUUGCAGCGUGGGCGACGGCGACGGCGCUCUUCGCCUGGCCGCCUCACGCCGCCUCCCACCACGGCGGGCAAGCGCCCGACCCCGCCUGCGUCGUGCCCCUACCUCCUCACGGAACACGACGCCGCACCCGCCAUCCUCUCCACCUUCCGCCGAUGCGGGGGCACAACCCGUCCUCCUCGCGCCCGCGCACCGUCCUCUUCCUCAACGCGCACCCUACCCCGACGACGACGAUCAUCCAUUCGGAGAACGUCCUGCUCGAGGAUAUUUACGUCAACAGCACGGACGCGAAGCAGGCCGUCGGGUUUGACUUUUCGUCUCUCAACACGGAUGGCGUGGACACGGUAUAUGUGAACAACGUGACGUUCCGGCGAUGGAUCGUCGACAACGGCGACGACUCGAUCGCGAUGAAGGCGAAUAGCACGAACAUCCUCAUCGAGGACUGCGCGUUCUACACCGGUCUCGGCGUCGCCAUCGGCAGCAUCGGGCAGUACGAGGGCGCGUUCGAGACGAUCGAGAACGUGACGGCGCGGAACAUCUCGAUCCACCACAUGCGCUACGGCGCGUACGUCAAGACCUGGACGGGCGUCUCGACCGGCUACCCGCCCAACGGCGGCGGCGGCGGCCUCGGCUACGCGGCCAACGUCACCUUCUCCGACUUUGCCCUUCACAACGCGUCCGGCGUUUUCGGGAUUCACGCAGUGCACGUCGUACAACGGGGGGCGCAGGGGCAACUGCGACACGGCCGCCGUUCCACCUCCGCGACUUUCACGCUCCGGAACUGGGACGGGCACGGCGGUGAGCGACGUCGUGGGGUCGUUGCGGUGCAGCGCGGCGAGCCCGUGUACGGGGAUGAGGAUCGAGGGGAUCAUCGAUAUACUGGACACGGUGAACAAUACGGCGCCGAGCCAGUAUCUGUGCGACAGCGUCGUGGACCCGGUCGGGUUCAACUGCACGGGGGCGCCGUGGGGUGA